AUCGGACACGGACACGUGCGGUGCCAUGUCGCGGCAGGACGUGGGGCUCUUCUCUGGGUUCCGAGUGCUCGGCCGCUUCAGCGGGCACGUCCCUCACGUUCUCCGCUACCACGGCCGGCACCGCGAGUUCUACGUGGCCACCGCCGUCGGGCGCAGCGUCCACACCUACAACGUGAAGAAACUUGGUAUUGUUUCUGUGAGUAAUGCUUUGCCACAAGACAUUACAUGUUUGGCAGCAGAUCGCAUGCUGAUAUUUGCUUCAUAUGACAAUAUUCUCCACGCUUUUGCCAGGAACAAAGAGGUGGUUCAUACCUAUGAAGGUCACAAGGCAAGGAUACACCUUCUACAGCCUUUUGGUGAUCACAUCAUCUCUGUGGAUGUUGAUAAUGUUCUUAUUGUUUGGAAUAUACAGUCAGAAGAAGAGUAUCUUCAAGUGGAUUUUGAUAAAGCCACUUUUGUAGUUUCUGCACUUCUGCAUCCCAGCACCUAUUUGAAUAAAAUUCUCCUUGGGAGUGAACAAGGAAGCUUGCAGCUGUGGAAUAUAAGAUCCAACAAACUCCUAUACUCAUUUCCAGGAUGGGGCUUUGCGGUCACAACUCUUGCACAAGCACCAGCAGUGGAUGUUGUUGCAGUCGGUCUUGUAUCUGGUCAUAUCGUUGUACAUAAUAUUAAGUUUGAUGAAACUCUGAUGAAAUUUCAACAAGACUGGGGUCCCAUCACAGCAGUAUCUUUUCGUACAGAUGGACACCCAGUAAUGGCAGCUGGCAGCCCGGUUGGACACAUUGCUUUGUGGGAUCUAGAAGACAAGAAGCUGAUGUGUCAGAUGCAAGAUGCCCAUUCCACAGCAAUAGCUGGCAUGUCGUUUGUCCCUGGAGAGCCACUUCUUAUUACUAAUGGUGCUGAUAAUGCUCUACGGGUGUGGAUUUUUGAUGGACCUGGUGGUACAGGUCGUGUAUUGAGAAGCCGAAUGGGACACAGUGCACCACCAACAAAAAUCAGAUACCAUGGGCAAAAUGGAGAGCAAAUUCUUAGUGCAGGUCAAGAUGGAACAUUGCAGUCCUUUUCAACAGUGCAUGACAGGUUCAAUAAAAGUUUAGGACGUGGUUCAAUUAACAAAAAGAAAUCAAAAAAGAAAGGUCUUAAGCUUGACACGAUGGCACUUCCACCAAUUACAGCCUUUGCUUCAGAAGUGGCACAUCAGAGUGACUGGGAUGGUAUUAUUGCCUGCCAUCAAGGGUAUAUAACCUGUACGACCUGGAACUAUCAGAAAACUUCUAUGGGAGCUCAUAAACUGAGGCCUGAAGAAUUUAGCAAGUACAAACCUAUUGAUAUAUAUGCAACAGCAGUUGAUAUUACCUCAUGUGGUAACUUUGCUGUAAUUGGGAUGUCAACUGGACAGGUGGAUGUGUAUAACAUGCAGUCUGGCAUUCACAGAGGGCGUUAUGGCAAAGAAAAAGCACAUGAAGGGGCCAUUAGAGGGGUAGCAGUGGAUGGAUUAAACCAGCUGGUAAUCACAGCUGGUAGUGAAGGAUUAAUUAAAUUUUGGAAAUUCAAAACUAAAGAGCUAGUUUACUCCACUGAACUUUCUUCUUCUCCAAGUGCAAUUCUGCUUCACAGAGAUAGUGGUAUUUUGGGAAUUGCCUUUGAGGACUUCAGUAUUAGUGUUUUGGAUAUAGAAACCAGGAAGAUUGUCAGGACAUUCUCAGGACACCAUGGACGGAUUAAUGACAUGACUUUCAGUCCUGAUGGUCGUUGGCUAAUAACUUCAUCAAUGGACUGCACCAUUAAGACUUGGGACCUUCCCUCUGGAUGCCUUAUAGAUUGUUUUUUGGUGGACUCUGCAGCUGUGAGCCUUACUAUGUCGCCUACAGGAGAUUUUCUAGCUUCAGCACAUGUGGAUGAUCUUGGAAUUUAUUUGUGGUCAAACCGUUCUCUGUAUUCACUGGUGUCAUUACGGCCCCUUCCUGCAGAUUAUGAGCCUUCUUUGGUGACACUCCCUAGCACCUGCCCUGUGCAAGAUGAGGAUAUGUCAGGAGAAGAAGACCCGCGUGAUGAAAUGAUAGAAUAUGUCACACCUGAGCAGUUGGAAGAGCAGCUGGUGACCCUUUCCUCAUUACCGGAAUCAAGAUGGAAAAACCUCCUCAGCCUUGAUGUUAUCAAGAAAAAAAAUAAACCAAGAGAGCCACCAAAAGUUCCGAAGGCAGCACCUUUCUUCAUACCAACAGUUCCUGGUCUUAUACCCCGAUACAUUCCACCAGAGGAAGAAAAAGAUACACAGUCAAAGGUAGUAAACCUUGGAGUACUGGCACAGAAAUCUGAUUUCUGCGUUCAUCUUGAAGAAGCCCUGAGCACUAAUGAAUAUGAAGUUCCACUUGACCUACUGAAAAGGUUGGGACCAUCUAAUACUGAGAUAGAACUACGAGGUUUGGCCCCUGAAGGUGGUGGCUCAAUGGAGGUGAUGCUGAGCUUUUUGAGAAUGAUUGGGAUGAUGCUGAACAAGAAGUACAACUUUGAACUUGCUCAGGCAUACCUUGCAUUAUUUUUAAAGUUACAUCUGAAGAUUCUCUCAUCAGAGCCAAACCUAUUGGAAGAAUUAUCCAAAUUGUCAGUGCAACUCGAGGACACUUGGAUUCGUUUGCAGACUCUCUUCAAUCAGAGUCUGUGUGUUUUAACAUAUAUGAAAAGUGCUCUGCUGUAAAAUACUAAUGGUUUUGUCUGCAUAAAAUCUCCCUUGGAAUAAUAAUACAAUUCAUUACCAAAAAUACCAGAUUUCAAAAGUCAUACUGGGUCUUAGAAACAUAGAAUCAUUAAGGUUGGAAAAGAGCUCCUAGAUCGAGUCCAACCUUUGACUGAAUACCUCCCAUGUUCACUAAGCUAUAUCACUAAGUGCCACAUUUACUCAUUUUUUGGGUACUUCCAGGGAUGGUGGCUUUACCUCUUCCCUGGGGAGGCUGUUCCAGUGCUUCUUCUGAUGCUGUAUUUUAUACAUCUGCAUAUGGCAGAGUAUUUUAGAACAUGCAAAACUGCAUAUUUUUGUUGAGUUGGAGCAAAAAUUAGUACGUGCAGCUAUUCAUGUUCUAUUGGUUCUUGCUGUCAGUGAACAGACAGUUGAAUUCAAGGCCAGGUUGGACAGAACCCUGAGCAACCUGGUCUAGUGGAUGGUGUCUCUACCCAUGGGAGGGGGUUUGGAACUGGAUGAUAUUUAAGGUCCCUUCCAGCUCAAGCCAUUCAAUGAUUCUAUGAUUCUGUGGCUAUAGAUAAUGUAGCUAGUUACCUUAGGCUUUCAUGGCCAAACCUGUAGAUCAGAAUGAAAAAAUUACUUGGGGGGGAAAAAAAAAGAGGUGGGAAUGUAAUUUCUGUGCAGGAGACCAAAAUCUAUGUUGUGUUUAAUAAAGUUAUUCUUUUUGCAAAAAUAAAACAAAACGUCUGAAUUAUUAACAUUUUAUUAACAUUAGUUUAAAGCAAUUUAAUCUAAAAAUUGUGCUCCUCUGCGAUUAGAGCGCUUUUCCUAUGAAGUUUGUAAAAAUCAGUCUUUUUCUGACUUUGGCAAGCUGUGUUCUGUAGCUGCAGACAUGUGUUUCUGAAUGCAGAUAUUUCCAACUGUACUACAAAUACUUGAAGUUUAAAAAAAAGAAACACCAAACUAAACAAACAAACAAAAACUUUCACUCAUUUUUUAUAAUCAGGUUUUUUGGACGCUCAAUUUCUUCUGAAAAUUAUGUUUCCUUUGUUAAGGAGAAGAGAUUACCAGAAUAAAAGCUCUGAGUUUUGGGGAAUUUUAAUUGAAUCAGAUGUAGUUUUUACAAAUUAAUAUUUAGGUUUCAAACAAUAAGAUUUGGGCAUUGUUUGGGAACUCAUGAGUGAAAUUAUCAACUUUGCAUUUUGAGAGUACUUCCUCACAGCAGAAGAAUCUCCUGAAUGAGGCCUUUGGUAUAUUUCACAUGCUUCAGCUACAUACACAGUCUAACAGAAUAACUAACACAAAUGUAUGCAAUUUCAAUGGGUAAACUUCAAAGAUGGAUUCAUUGCGUUUGGCACAAGACUGAGACAAGGGUAUGGUUUUGUCAUGCUGUAUGUGUAAUUUUUCCUUUUUCAAUGCCAUCACAUUAUAGAACUCGUUUUAUUUAUCUAUACUGGAACAAAUUAUCUGCAAACACAGAAUAAUCAGAGAAUCAUAGAACGGUUUGGGUUGGAAGGGACCUUAAAGAUCAUCUGCCAUGGGCAGGGACACCUUCCUCUAGACCAGGUUGCUCAGGGCCACAUCCAGACUGGCCUUGGACACUUCUGGGAGUGGGUUGUCCACAAGUUCCCUGGGUAACCUGUUCCACUGUCUCACCACCCUCGCUGGGAAGAAUUUCUUGCUAAUACCCAAUCUGACGCUACUGUUGUUAAGUCUAAAGCCACCCCCCAGUCUGAUCACUACAGGCCCUUGUAAAUCCCCCUCCAGCAGUGUUGUAACCCCUUUUAGCUACUGGAAGCCUGCUAUUAAAGUCACCCUGGAGCUUCCUCUUCUUCAGGUGGAACAAUCCCAAUUCUUUCAGCCUUUCCUCAUAGGAGAGGCAUUUCAUCCCUUUAAUCAUCUUUAUGGCCCUCCACUGGACUCUCUUCAAGAAGUUAUGUUUCCCUCUCUGCAGUCAGUGGGAGCUUCAGCAGACUGCCACAACUUCUCAAUAUCAUGGGUAGUGGCUUAGCCAUUUCACUCAUCAGCUUCUCUGUGUUGUCCUGGCUGUUCUUUAUCCAUAACUUUGCCUCACGUAGAGGCUUGAAGGGAAUGGCAAAAUACUACAGAAGUUUCCAGUCUGGCAUUAUAGCCAGUUAGGACUGAGAAUGUGGAGUAAGUGGGAAUAAUGUACACCUGAGGUUUUUUUAUGAAGUUUACUAUGGAGAUUUAAGAAAAUCCUUUAUACUGUACAAUUAUUAGCUGCUGGUGAUAUGGUCCUCAAGAAGCCAUUGCUUCCAGUUUCUCGGAUGCAUCUGAAGCAGUCCAAAGUCCCUCAAAUUUCACUGUAAUGUAUAAUAAACCUCUGAACUUACAGGCAUUAUUGUAACUAAUCUAGAUCUUGAAGAAUCAUUUUUUGAGCCAAGACAGAAUAUUAAAAGUAAGUAAUUGUUUGCGGACCUGCCCGAGUGGAAGAAGGAACAGUGGAUAAAGAACGUUCCUCUUGGAUCAGAGUAAGGGUCUGUCAAGCCUUGUACCCUGUCUCCAGCUGCAGCAAGGAAUAGAUGCAAAGGGUUUAGCAACCUGGUCAUAUAUAAAGAAGUCUUUCUCAAGCACAUACCACCACUUUUCAGCAAAUAGCUAUUUAGAUACUUUGUGACCCAGCUGUAGCCCAACAGUUGUGCUUAAUGUUCUGUGAUGGACCUGUUUGUUCUCUCUGAGUUCAUCUAAUCUCUUUUAGAACCCAUUUAUCCUUCACUACAUCCUGUAGUAAUGGGACCUACAAUUUAAUUAACGGAAGUAAUGUGUUUCUGUUUAUAUACUCCAGACCUGCUGUCUUUUAAUGUUACAUACCCCUCCUACUUCUUGAAAGUUAGAAAUAUCAGUUGUGGUCUAGUCUUCAUGAUUUACAGCCUCUCCACCACAGAGCAGUGAUGAAAGAGUUUCUAUUUGUGAAGGAGAUACUUUGUGUUACUCAGUGCAUGUGUGUUUUUUCACUGGCAUACAAGAACACAUUAUGGGCACAGUUGUUUAAAUCUGUUUGUACAAGAUUUGUCCACAAAACUUGUAUGAAUUGUAGAGGAGGGAGGCUUUUUUAGUUUCUUUUUUCAUGGUGUACUUGAUGUAAUCAUAAGAAAAAAGACAUACUCUGCCAGACGUGCCAUUCUUCUGAAAGCAGAAAACUGAAGGUAAUUUUUGUGAACAAUGUAUGCAUAAGAGUUGACAUAGUAUUUGCAGUCUGGAUGAUCUCAUUAAAUGUGUUUCAUUCAGUUUCUUAUAUCAUACCUAGAUGUGUUUUAAGUCUACCUGGAACACUUCAGUUGUUUCCUUUAGAAAACAGUGCUUAGAUGUGAGUGUUGUCCCACCUCCUUUAUUCUUUUGUCUUUUUCUCAACAUUCCUAGUCAUCACUGCUAUUUCAGAGAUGUUUGGCUAUUCUUAGAGCUGUAGAGUCUUACAUCAGUAGCUCUGAUUGCUUCUUUUUCUUGGCCUUUUAUUUUGUCCUUUUUACCACACAUCAAAAUGAUGAAGAACUUUUGCCAUUAAUAAAUAACUUUUUCAGAAAUAAAAAAUAAAUUCCACCUACUAGUGGAUGAAGGUGGGUAUUUCACCUGCUACUUCCUGUAUUAUUCCUUCGCCUGAGACAUCAAGGACAAUAGCUUAUGAUGUUAGUCAAGAGUUGUUGAUUACAAGUGAUAAGACACAUGACAAUUCAAUUUGAUAGGUGGGGCUUUGCAUUACACAUAAUAGCUCAUUUAAUCUGGUGCUCUUGUAGUAGCAUAUGCAAUAGGACAUGGGAAAAUCAUUAGGUGGAUUAAGGGAUAUAGUCAUUAACUCUAAGUUUUCCUCUGAACAGGAUAACUAUCGAAGAUUUUAUAAUUCUUACACAAUACCAAGCCCAUCUUAAGCAAGCUCUGACUAGCAGCUUGCUGUUAGGAUUCUGCAAUAUUUCUGUGUGUCACAGCACACCUUCCAGCUUUGUCUCAAGUCUGUUACUUGCCUGUGCCUGCCUGUGUCCCUGUGCUUCAUUUUCACCAUGGUCUUGGCUCUUGUGGCUUCUGAGCGUAGCUGCUGCUCUUGGUAGCUCCUGUACCCAGCAGUCCUGUCAAGUUAGACCUCAGAAUAAUACAUGAGUUUAGCAAUUCAUCCCUCCUGUUAGCACCCUAAAUUUUUCUUAGUCAGAUUCACGUCUCAGAAGGAUUUUUGUAAAUAUAGCUCACUGAAAAAAGUGGUUAUGACACUCUUUUCUUACACUCUUUUCUGAUAUUCCUGCUGCUUUGGAAAUGUUCCACCUCUUUGGCAUGGCUGGAACUGAAAAGUCACCAGACUGUUGUAAUGCAACAUGUCCCUUCCUGUCCUGUGGGGCAAAGGUUCUCUUUGAAGAUUUUAGUUUCAACAAAAUCAAGAUAAAUGUAAGCUAUUUCGACAGUGCUUACAUCACUGAGAUGGUUUAUUCAUGGUGCUAGAGAAAACAGCACCAUCUGUACAGAAAUCCCUUCAGCUCCCUUUGUGUGGGUGGAGGAGGAUGACAACCUACUGGUGCAUAUGGAAAAAGCAGAAAUACUUCAUACCUUUUUUUUUGCUUGAGGCUUCACAGGCAAAGACUGCUUCCGUUUUCUGUGAACACCACAGAAGGAAAGGAGUUGCCAGUAACAGGGAAGAAAUGCGUUAAAAAGACUUAAGAGCACAAUCACCUUAUAACCAUGGGACUCCACACAUGAACUUUUGCACAAAUACUGGUUUUGCCCAUCAGCUGUAACACAGUUGUAACACAGGAGGUCCCUGACAACUGGAUUGAGGCUGUAGUGUCCACUUUUAAAAAAGGUGAACUGGAACAUCCGGGAACCUCUACAUUCAUAAAACUUGUCUCAGUGUCCAAAACAAUCAGGGAGCAUGUACUGCCUGUGCUUUUGGAAUCCAUCUCCAGUACACAAAUGCCAAGAUGAUGAACAACAACCUGCAGAGAGUCAUGAGGGCAAAUCAUGCUUGACCAAGUUAAGUUGCCUUCCGGGAUGAAAUGACUGGUUAUGUGGACAGAGGAAGAGCCAUGAAUUUAAUGAUAAACUUCAGGACAAGUACAGCAGUCUGUAAUUACUUUAUCAUAGUCAAUAAUAUGAGAAUUGUUACUCUUAAAGUCAACAGGUAUGCUUUCAGUUAAGAUUUUGAAAAUUAUGAUGCUUGUUAAUUGCAGUCUAUGUGCCAUGAACCUUUUACAUUGUGAGCUGAUUUAAGUGUCAUAUUGGGUCUACAGCACAGAGGCGUGAAUUUGCAGUUCCCCAGUAUAACUGGCAUUACAGAAAUUAAUUUGUUCAUGUUCUAAUUAUGCCUAAUGCAUGAUUAUUUUGUUUAAUAUCCCAUAGCAAAGAAACUUAAUAAAUCAGAUGCAGAAUGUUGCGUAAUGCUAAUGGCAUUGCAGAGAUUUGCAAUGACACGUAGAAGAAUGAGUUUCAAGUGAGUUGAAAGUAUUUCGAGUGAAUGUCUGAUAAGAAAAAAUUAUUCUAAAAUUGGUUUGAGCCACAACACAUUAGACUAUUUUGUAAGGUCUUGCCAUUUGCCAACAGAGGUUUCAUUCUUGUGGAUCACCACUGUAUUAUGUCCCCUGCUGCAGCUAUAGAUCUUUCCUCUUUUUGCAAUAGGUUCUUCAGCCUGAUUGUUUUUUAACCAUUUGGUAACACAAUGUGUGCCUGAGCAAAGACUCUUCCUUGGGUACAAGGCACUUAGUCUGGGAAUGGUGAGACAUCCAAGAAACACUGUUAAGAGAGACUGUAAAACCACGUAGCCAGCUGAGAAAGAGGCACAAAGUGCAGUUGUCUUAGAGUGAAGAUGGUGCCUAGAAAUGUAUUUCUGGUGCAAGACUGCUGCUUAGGCUAUGAGACAGCAGGAAUCUCAAAACUGCACAAGAAACAGACUGGGAUGUAUCUUCUCAGGAGCUGGGGACUUACCGUGAUUAAAUCUUGUUUCUUAGCAAGGAAAAUGUAUGAGGUGACUUAAAGAACCUGUACAAUCAAAAGAAAGCAAAUUGUCAGCCCUCAGGAAGAGAAUGGGAAAAAAAUCAAUGAAAUAUUAGAAGUAAAAUAAUGGAGUAAACUUUAGUCCUAAGGGAUAAUGAUACUGAAACCAGUGUGUGCUAAUGAAGGCUUACCAUGUUAGGUUCUCUGCUUCAUGUAUAUAAGAAUGUUUUUUAACUGAGCCCAGUACCUGGUGUUUAAAGAUUAAAUCUUGAUUAUAGCAUACAUUUGUAAACAGACUAUUUUGGAAUAACUGAGAAGGUGCUGUUCUUCUGUUACGUGCCAUUUUCCUUCAUGCUGAAAAGAAAGGCUUUGAAAAUCUGGUAAAUCUUCUUCAAGCAGAACCACAGCACAGCUUAGAAACUCAUUCCUUAUUUAUUAUCUUGAUAUGUUGGGGGAGGAAAUUCUGGAGCUACAGAUCAUUGCAGAUGUUAUCACUAGUCUUAAGGUAACUCACCUUUAUCACUCCAAGUCCACUUAAGUCUCUGGACUAAGAAAGGCAGAUGGAACUCUGGGAUUAGCAGAAGUUGGCCCUGUGGGUUGAUAUUCAACUUAAACAUGGACCAUGAGCUCCUUGAUAUGCCUGGUCAGCCUAAGCAGGGACAUAAUGUGGUGACUGUGGCAUGAAAUGAAAAUGGUUCUGAUAAUAAAAUGAAUCUAAUCCCAUUUGAAUUAAUCUGUAAAGAGCUGUGGGCUCAUGCCUAGGAGUGGAGUGUAAAUGUUCAGCUGAACACUGAUGCUGGAGAAGGAGCCAAACCCAAAACGUGAUGGUAGAAAAUUCUUACCAUCUCAGAGUAUUCCAUCAGUAAGAGAAUGGUCACAGCAGCCUCUCUGAAGUUCAGCUUUAACACACUAGUCCAGAUUUUUUGUUAUUCUGAUUUAAAUACUUUUAAAAUACUGGUUACAGUCCUAACAGAACUGCUAUGGUCUAGGUAACUAUUAAGCUGUGCUAGCUGUCUGCUUUUAAUAACUGUCAGCCCUAAGUGAUCUGUCAAUUAAAAUGACAGAUUCUUGUUGAUUAGAGAUAUCUACAGUGAAUCCCUAGUCACUGACAAGAAACAGGCUCCUACGCUACAAGACAGUCUACUGAAUAACAGGAAAAGUAUUUUUUGUAAUAAGCCAUAAAUUAAUUAUCUACUGUCUUUCAAUAAUGAAAUAUUAUGUUAUUUUGAAAAGAGAUUGGAGUAAAAGCUUUAAACGAGACUUUUGCAAAACUUAUGCGAGAUUCAUAGUUAAUCAGGAUUGAGAACUGCAUUCAGAAAAGAUGUGUAACUAUUUUCUGUGCAUUGAAGAACCUUAAGCGAAAUAAUUCACUGCCUUUAAAUAGAAAAGGACAACUGACAGCUUCAAAUGAUGCUCCAGCCUCUGUUGUUCUGUUGAAAUUAGUCUACACGACCAUAGACUUCACCUCUCCCAAAUAUUAACCUAACUAGGUAUUGGAAACACAUAUAGAUAGCAACAGACAAAUGAAAGAGAUUUUAAGUCUAAUAAAAUAUAGAUUUUUGUACUUAAGGGUAUUGUGUAAUUUUCCUCCUUUUCCAGUCAGCUUUUACUUUUUUUCCCAAAAGACGUUUAGCUAUAACUAUUAUCCUUCCCAAAACAGAAAAGCAAAGGUUUACUAGCAUUAAUUGAUGAUCUUUCCAAUUAUUUCUGUCAAUCUUCUCUCAGUUUCCAUGAUAUUGUUCUUGUAGUAUUCACUCCACUGUUUCCAUGUAUCAUCUACAGAAAUGUUAAGAGCUGAGUAAAAUGUUGUGGACACAUCUGG